CCCUUUUUUUUCUUAUUUCCUAUUUCCAUGAGAAUCUCAGAAGCAAGUUGCUGAUUUAGUUCUCAUAUAAAACUACAGAAUCUCCUUUGUGAUUAAGGAGAUCUUUUUUGCCUUCAUCAUUCUGCUCAAAUCUCUUCAUUGUUUACCCCGCCAUCUCUUUCUCGGGGCAUCGCGAGGGGCAAAAAGCGUGCACACUUCUUUUCGUGUAAGACAGCAGCAAAAUUUCGCAACAAUGGCGGCCACCACGGAUCUGAACACCUACAAGUUCAACCACUCGAUGAUUCGAGUCAAGGACCCCAAGGAGUCUGUGAAAUUCUACGAGUUUCUUGGCAUGAGCGUCAUCCGCAAGGCCGAGUUCCCUGAAGCCAAGUUUGAUCUUUACUUCAUGGGAUAUAACAGCAAGGGCGCGACUUCAUUCGGAAACUCUUCGCUUGACCGUGAGGGAGUCAUUGAGCUCACCCACAACUACGGCACUGAGAGCGACCCCAACUACACCAUCAACAAUGGAAACAAGGAUCCUCACCGCGGAUUUGGUCACACCUGCAUUUCCGUCGACAACCUCCAGGCCGCUUGCCAACGCAUCGAGGACGCCGGUUACAAGUUCCAGAAGAAGCUGACCGAGGGACGAAUGAACCACAUUGCUUUUGCUUUGGAUCCCGAUGGGUACUGGGUGGAGAUUAUUGGACAGAAGCCCCUCGAGGAGACUGCCAGCAUCAAGGAGACUGACGUCGCUACCUAUCGCAUGAACCACACCAUGAUUCGUGUCAAGGAUCCUCAAAAGUCUCUCAAGUUUUACCAGGAGGUCUUGGGCAUGUCCCUCUUCAGAACCAGCGAGGCUCCCAGCGCAGGUUUUAACCUCUACUUCCUUGGCUAUCCCGGAACCCAGGGCGUCCCCCAAGAAGGCAAGACGAGCGAUCGUGAAGGCCUCCUUGAAUUGACCUGGAACUAUGGCACCGAAAAGGACGAGGCUUUCUCUUACCACAAUGGCAACAGCGAACCUCAAGGCUUCGGCCACAUCUGCGUCUCUGUGGAUGAUCUGGACGCUGCUUGCCAGCGUUUUGAGGACCUCAAGUGCAACUGGAAGAAGAGACUGACGGAUGGCCGCAUGCACAACGUUGCUUUCUUGCUGGACCCCGAUGGAUACUGGGUAGAGGUUGUCCAGAACGACAGAUACAGCAACAAGUAUGCUGUUUAAAGUUGGAAUUGCCAUGAUAGCUAGCCUUUGAUGAAUUGAGAUUCAACAAGUUAAGCAUAACAUAGUUGCCAUGAUGAGUAGACGAUGCAACGCAAUUGAGCCAUAUUUGAC